AUGGCUUUACUUUUUGGAAUUCCUAAUCCAAGACAGAGAAGAAUACAAUAUAGACAACAAAUGAGAUCUCACCCUUUUGGCACAAGCUUAGCUUUUGAAAGGGUAACAGAUGCUGAUUUAACAAUUUUAUCAAUUAAUGCAAAGUUUCCAGGCCGUAGUCAUGAUGCAUAUGUAUGGAAGAACUCUACUAUUCGUUCCCAUUUGUUAGUAACUAAUGCUAACAACACAUUUCUCAUUGGUGACAGUGGUUAUCCUUUGGAACCAUGGUGCAUAACUCCAAUUUUGGGAAAUCAUCAAAUUUAUUCACCUGAACACCGGUUCAAUAAAACUCACAAACGUGCACGCUGUACAGUUGAAAGGUGCAUAGGGGUUUUGAAACAACGUUGGAGAUGCCUAUUGAAGGAUCGUACAUUACAUUAUAAACCUACAAGAGCUUCCAAGAUAAUUAUAACGUGUGCUGUUUUACAUAAUGUGGCUAUACAUAAUAAUAUUGGACUGCCUGAAUAUGACAAUGAAGAAGAAGACGAAUAUGAAGAAAAUCAUGGACAAGAAGUUGAAGAGUUGUUAAAUGCUGGACGACAGACGCGUCAAGAACUACUGAAUCAGUAUUUUACACAUUAA